UUUUACCACUCAAAGUCAAAUGAAAAAUAACGCAAAAUCAAAAUAACUUCAAUCGAACUCAUCUUAUUUACUAAAAGAUAUCGCACAACUUCGCUAAACAAGCAAAAUUUUCAUACAACAAAAAAAAAAAACUAUGCAACAACUCUAAGUACAGUUUUGCAAAUUAGUUUUGGGCUUUGCAAAAACAAAAUAUGCGUUUUGCCAUUUUCAUAGCAGUCUUAUUGAUUUGUCAGUUGUUGUCAGGUGUGCGCAGUUACGAAAACAAUCGGAUUCAGCAACAGCACAGAAAGAUGAAACGCAUGCUGCCCGGCUUGUAUGCACAAUACGGAGAAGACUCCAAUGCGGCUGAACAGUCAGAGGGUGGCUCAAGUAGUUCUAGAAGUGGUGGCGAUGGUGAGUGUAAGCCAGGCGCCAUGAUGGCAGGGAAUCCCAAACAAAAAGCUACAAGCAUAGCACAGAAAGCAGCUCAAGAAGCUAAAGCUGCCUCAGACGCACAGCAAGCGGCCGGCGAAGCUGCAUCGCUACAGGUGAAGGCACAGCUUGCGGAGAAAGCUAUGCAGGCCGCUAAAGCAGCUGAAGCAGCGCUCGCUGGUAAGCAACAAAUUGUACAGCAGCUGCAACAAGAAGUACGCGAAGCUGAGGCUGUUGUACAAGAGGAAAGUAGUUCACUACAGAAUGCCCAGCAAAAUGUUAAUGCGGCGGUGAGUUCGGCUCAACAAGCGCAGUCACAGUUGAAGACACUCACCAAGGCUGUGCAGACGGCUCAAGCAAAUGUAGGUAAUGCUGAGCAGGCCGCCAGUGGUGCACAACAAGAGAUGGCCGAGAAGACUCAGCUGGUAGAAGCGGCGAAGCUGCGUGUGGAACAGUUGCUGCGCCAGUUGAGCUCUGCACGACAGGACUUUAACAAGACGAAGGAUGCGGCUAUGAAGGCAGCUGCAGCUGCGCAUGAGGCGAAGGUGAACGCUUCACCCACAGGCCGCUGUCGACGUAUGAUGCGUGUGCCUCGUAAACGUCGCCUCGCUACACCGAUGCAGGGAAAACAGUGAGGCGCUUUAUUUAAAUCUAUAUUUGUUAGAAGUUUAUUUUUGAAAUUAUUUUAUAAAUCGAUUCACAUGUGUACAUGCCAUAAGUUCAUCAAUUCGUAGCAUGUCACUGGCAAACACCUUUAUUUAUAAAAAUGCAGACGCUAUAAAAUACUC